UGCCUCCAAUCGAGGACCCCAAGCAACAUCCAGGCUAUACUGGAUGAAUAUGGAUUAGAAUUCACUCCAAACGGAGAGUCAAUUCGCUGGUCCGUGGGAAAUAAAAGACAUCCGCGCAAUUGGUCUACCUCUCGCAAGAUCUACGACACAGGCUUGGUCAUAUUCUUAGACCUGUUCACUACAUCCGUUAGUACGGCCGGCAGUUCAGCGGCCGAUCAUGCCCGUCAUGAGUUUGGAAUUGGAAAGACACUUGCUAUUUUCCUCUUUGUCUCGCUUUCUUUACUCGGCCAGAUGUUCGGCGGUAUCAUAUUUCCCGCUUGGUCUGAAGCUUUCGGUCGGAAAAAGCUCUACAUCGUCAGUACUGGGUUAUACAGCGUGUUCUGCCUGAUCGUCGGCAUUGUUCCAUCUCUGGCGGCCGUUAUUGUUGGACGCUUCUUGGCCGGGUUUCUUUCUGCGAUUCCGGCUAUCGUUGUUGCGGGGAGUAUUGAGGAUAUGUACAACUCGAAGGAUAGAGUGUGGCUUAUUUUUCUGUGGGCUAUUGUGGCUAAUAUGGGUCUUGCUUUGGGGCCUAUUAUGAGUAUCUUUAUCACAGUUUCUCUGAACUGGAGAUGGGUAUUCCGCAUUGCCGCGGUUGUCACCGCGAUAAUCACGGUCCUUCUAUUCGGAAUCAAAGAGUCCCGACCAUCCUCAGUCUUGGAAAUAGAAGUGGCAAAGGUCCGCAAAGAAAGCGGAAUUCAUACCCUGAAAGCAUUGAACCCAGAUCACACCCCCGAUCUAAUGACAUUCGUUCGAAUUGGUCUCUUCCGACCCAUUCAACUAUUCUUCACCGAGCCAAUCGUUUUCAUGGUGGCGAUGAUGAGUGCAGUGGCCUUCGCCCUGAUCUACCUCUUCACCGAAGCCUUACCACCUAUUUACGUCUCGAUGGGCUUCUCAACCACAUCCUCUUACCUCCCCUUCAUCGCCAUCUGCGUGGGUCUCUUAUCCGGAAUGCUCACGCGCAUUCAAGACAUCCGCAUCAUCCAAAAGUACAAAGAACAAGGCAUCCCCCUCGAACCAGAGCACAAACUUCUCGGCUUCUCAAUCGGUGCGCCAAUCCUAGCCGGCGGGUUGUGGUGGUUCGCAUGGACGAUUCCGCCUCUAGUAACCAAUAUCCACUGGCUAGUCUCAGCGGCCGCGCUCGUCUUAAUUGGAUACGCCGUCAACGAAUUCGACUCCGUGCUUGCGGGAUAUCUGGCCGAUAGCUAUAUGGGGUAUGCAGCUAGUGGAUUUGCAGCGGUUCAACUUCUUCGCUCGUCGAUGUCGGCUGUUUUCCCGCUUUUUGCGACGGAGAUGUUCCAGGGGUUGGGGGCUAAUGUUGCCGCUUCGAUUUUGGCGGCGUUUGCGACGCUGUUUUGCGUUAUUCCGCCUCUUUUUACGAGGUAUGGAAAGAGGAUUCGGUCCAGGAGUACUUUUGCCAAGUAUAGUUUGCAGGUCUAUCGUGAGAAUGGUGUUGAUAAGAACGGUUAUUGA